GGAGCCGGGCCUCCCUCUUUCCUGCCGCCGCUGUCAGGAAGUUGGAGAGCCGGCGGGUAGUUUCGCUCCGCUCCGCUCCUGCCGGGGCUGGGCAGGGCAGAGUAGGGUAGGGCAGCGCUGGGGAGGCUUCUGCUCGUCGCCGGGGAUCCUGUCAUGGGGACGUAGCGGGCCGCGGAGCCAUGCGCUGCCCAGCGCUGCCCUGCAGCUCUCUGGGGACGGUUAUCCUUACAUUUGUCUGUGUGUUAAUUAAGGAAUCUAUAGAAAUUGCUCCAGUGUCAUAUACAUGGCAUGUCCAUCAGGAAGCUUUGGAUGGAAGAGACCCCUCUAACCUCUUGAGGAGAGAGAAGAGGCAAGUGCAGUGUCCACUAGGUCAAUACCUGCAUCCCAGAGAGACCCACUGCUGUAUGAGGUGCCAUGCAGGUACCUACAAGGAAAAAGACUGUGAUCGGCCUGACCAGGCACCUGUCUGCCCUCAAUGUCCUAAUGGCACAUUCACAGCUGUUGAUAACACCAUGUCUAAAUGCUUCCCAUGUACACAUUGCCGUACAGAGUUUCGGCAGAUUGUAGUGACUCCUUGCACCCCAAAGCAAGAUACAGUAUGCGGCUGCCGGAAGCAUCAGUAUCAGUUUGGUCAGUCCGAUCUCUUCCAGUGUAGGAGCUGCAGCUCCUGUGUCAAUGGGAUUAUUGCCAAUUGUUCAAAGUACAGAAACACAAUUUGCAAGUGUAAGCCUCAGUUCUUCCGGACACUUAGUAAUGUUUGCAAGCCUUGCAACAGCUGUGUUGGAGAAGAAUGCUUGCAGUGUCAUAGCCCAGUGACUACCUCACAGACUUCAUCUGGGUUUAAUGGAAGCCUUGUCCUUGGCAUCAUCGUUGCAAUAUUUGUAAUUAUCUCUGUCCUCUACAUUGUAUAUAAAGUAGUGAAGUUGGUUCAGAAAAAGGGGAUAGCAUCAUCUUUUUACUCCUGUGCUUCUUUGCCGCAGACAACCAAGGAACCACUGCCUGAGGUUGAGGUAAAAAGAAACAAAAUUUCCACCCAUCUUCCUGAGUCCCAGAAGGAAACAGAAUUGCUACUGAAUGCAACACCACCACCUGCACCUCUGCUGCAAGGUUCACAUGAAUUACCAGACUGUGUCAGACCUGCCAGGAAGACACAGCUUCCAGACAACCCUGCUAUUCUCUAUACUGUAGUGGAUCAUGUACUGCCAUCUCGGUGGAAAGAGUUUGUGAGGCGUCUGGGUCUGCGUGACUGUGAUCUGGAGAGAAUUGAGAUGGAGCACCGGCGUUUGCGAGAUGCCCAGUAUGAAAUGCUUAGACUGUGGAAACUGCAGAAGGGCCAUGCUGCAACUGUGGAGCACAUCAGCUGUGUUCUCAACCAGAUGGAGCUGAGUGGCUGCAGUGAAGCUAUUCAGGAGGCUUUGCUAAACCAGAACUCUCCACAACCUUGCAGCGUCCACAGCCACCUUUGAUUUGUUUCUGCUUUUGUUGCCUUCACUAUGACUGUUUAAGAGAGGAUCAUAACUCCCUUCCUUUCCUGUCUUCCUUUUCCCAUGCUUCCCUAUCUUUCUAACACUCAACUGGGUUUGUUGGAGACAGCAGCAGAUGAUGUUGGAGGAAGGCUGAGGUUUGCUUCUCAACCAUCAUGUAGUUCAGCGUUUUUAAACCAAGACAGGCCUCUGCAACUCUUAAUUUCCCAAGGAGGAAAAGCACCUUAUAAACGAGGUGGCGUGUGGGCUCUGAUUAAGAUGAAAACAGGAGCUCAGAGGGACUUGAUGGAUCAGUUACUCAACAGGCAAGUUGGCGCUGAAACAGGUGCUGCACUCACCAUGUGGUAGGUGAAAUUGUAGGGUGAUUUGGUUUACCUGAUUGUUCAGGUGGCGAAGUACUCGCUCACUUUUUGCAGAUUAUUUUUCUGCAAGAUCAGACAGUUGAACUGGCUCACAUUGCAGCCACUUGAUUGCUCCACCUGACUCGAGGGAAGUGGUGGGAGGACGUGCCUAUUUCUGAAAGAAGGACAGGGUUGCCCUCUUGCGGUAUCAGCGAGUUAUCGCUGUGAUGAAGCAGUCAAGGAGACUCAGAAGCGGUGGCUGUGCCAGAAACAGGAGGAUGUCAUCCUUUCUACACCCCAACUUCCCUCAGGUUCGAGAGGAAUAAGGAUUCUGAGCCAGGGAAUCAGAUUAAGGGGUUGGUGCUUUUUUUCUCAAGGUUUUUUCUGUACCUAGAAACAAUGUGAGAUAGCAUUAACAAAACACCUGCCUGUGUCUUUGUUCAGGUGCAGAGGGGAAAGGAAAACACGUGUCUGUCUGGGUGAGAAGAUACUUAUGUACCUGGUAGCGUGAACAUCUCCACAAAUCUUUGCUUGCACACAGGUUGGUAGGCUUGUGUCUACCUACUUACCUAUCUCUCAAUGAUUAGCUCAAUCUGAUCUAGCUGCAAAUGGGACUUUAUAUGUGUACAUUAUAUUUUUAGCAGCUGUUGAAUAACUGCACACUACUUUAUGGACUGCAUUCUGUGAUUGCUAGUUGGUUGUAGAGUACCAUCUUCAGGCUCUCACCAUCACUUUACCACAGGUAUAAUCCUGGGUGAAGAAAUAGAAAAAAUCAAUUAGCCUGCAUCAGUUGCAGGUUGUCCACACAUUUGUAAUGUGGAUAUUUUUUUUAGUCCCUCAUCUCUUGACCAGAGAGAAACUUUCUAUUGUAAAUACACUAAAUGCUCCAAAUUAAAAUGAAUAUUUU